UCUACGGAGGAAAGGUUCCAUGCCUUCAACCAAAGCAUACACUCUAUUUCUCUCCCCUUUGUUCUCACCUUCGCUCCCAGUACUGCAUGCCAUGUCUGGUCUUAUGCUUCUGACCCUCAUACCCACUGUUCUUUUAGGUUUCACUGCUUUUCUCUCUGCAGCUGAGCUUCAGCGUUUCGAACAUGCUGCCAAAGCCGAUGGAUCUCUAAGCUUUCUGGUUGUUGGAGACUGGGGAAGAAGAGGAGCAUAUAACCAGACCGAAGUUGCUCUUCAGAUGGGAAUAAUGGGAGAGAAAUUGGACAUUGAUUUUAUAAUCUCAACUGGAGAUAAUUUCUACGAAGGUGGAUUAAACGGCGUGGAUGAUCCAGCUUUUUAUGAGUCAUUUACGAGAAUUUAUACAGCUCCUGGCCUGCAAAAGCAAUGGUACAAUGUUCUGGGAAACCAUGACUACAGGGGUGAUGUCGAGGCACAAUUGAGUCCAGUCCUUAGAGAAAUGGAUAGCAAAUGGCUUUGCCUCAGGUCAUUUAUCGUCAACACCGAAAUAGCUGAGUUUUUCUUCGUGGACACAACUCCUUUCGUCAACAAGUACUUCCUCGAGCCAGGGGACCAUGUGUAUGAUUGGAGUGGCAUAUUACCGAGGAAGAGUUACCUUUCAAAUCUCUUGGAGGAUUUGGACAUGGCACUGAAAGAAUCCGUUGCAGAAUGGAAAAUUGUAGUUGGUCAUCAUACUAUUAAGAGUGCCGGACAACAUGGUAACACCGUCGAGCUCAAUUUACAACUCCUCCCGAUCCUCCAGGCAAAUAAUGUUGAUCUUUAUAUAAACGGACAUGACCACUGCUUGGAGCACAUAAGCAGCAGUGAAAGCCCGCUUCAAUUCUUGACAAGUGGUGGUGGGUCAAAGGCAUGGAGGGGCGACGUGGCCUGGUGGGAUCCGAAGGAAAUGAAGUUCUAUUAUGAUGGGCAAGGUUUCAUGUCGGUCCAAAUUACUCAAACUGAAGUUGCUGUUGUGUUCUAUGAUGUUUCUGGCGAAGCUCUGCACAAAUGGAGCAGGACUAAACAGAUAUCCUCUGCAGUCCUGUAGACAAGUUAAUUUGUAUCGAUAUGGAGUCUUUUCGUUUGUAUCGUUGAUGUCAAGAUGUCUUUUCUUUCGACGUUGGAUUCUAUAAUCCUCUGCAGAGCUGGGGACAUGUUAGUUUUUAUUCCUGUAUUAUGGAU